AAUCUCGAAGCAAGGGAACGAAAGAGCCGCCUUGCUCUUCUUCAUCUAUCCCCGCCCCCUUCUCCAAUCCUCUCAUCCUUUUCUAGGGGUUCUUUCUAGGUGGAUCGGGCUUCUCCUCUUCGAUUUCCAGCAUUUCGAUCUCUUCUCUUCGAUUUCACUCAUGAUCGGCGUCAUGAGUGAGCGAGAGAUCAAUCAGAAGUCUGCGAACGAUGUUCCUUCCUUCGAGAUCGGUCACGAACAAGGGCUUCAUCGGGUCUCGCAGCGGAUUAGGGCUGAAGACGUGCCUUCUGAGACGACCGACAAGGAUGGCGCUGGAUCUCCCGCUUUCACUACUGGAGGUGAGUUGAUAAGGUUGGAUGAGGUUAGGGCUUCGAAUCUCGCCGAUUUCGGUGGUCGAGUUGAGAAAUCCAUCCACGGAUCCGAGCUGAUGGCGGUGCCGUCUGGCGAUUUCUCUGCAACAUGGAUUCAUGGUUACCAGAUCGGUGACAUGGUUUGGGGCAAAGUAAAGUCCCAUCCAUGGUGGCCCGGCCACAUCUACAACGAAGCCUUUGCAUCCCCUUCGGUUCGUCGAACAAAAAGGGAAGGCCACCUCUUGGUUGCUUUCUUCGGUGAUAGCAGCUACGGUUGGUUCGAUCCGGAGGAGCUCAUCCCCUUCGAGUCUCAUUACUCUGAGAAAUCAAGGCAGACGAGUGCCCGCACUUUCUUGAAGGCUGUUGAGGAGGCAACUGAUGAAGCUAGUCGGAGGGGUGCUCUAGCAGUGACAUGCAAGUGCCGAAAUCCAUACAACUUUAGAAGCACAGGUGUGCCUGGAUACUUUGCAGUGGAUGUCUUUGGGUAUGAGCAUGGCGGUAUAUACUCAUCCGAGCAGAUAAAGAACAUCAGGGAUAGUUUUGAUCCUGCCCGUAUGCUUUCGUUUGUGAAGGACCUGGCUUGCUCCCCUCGGACCAGUGCUUAUCGAGCUAGAAGUGAUAUGCAGUGGAUUAGGAACAUAUCUAUGAUUCUUGCUUACAGGAGAGCUAUCUUUGAGGAGUAUGAUGAGCCAUACGCUGAGGCAUUCGGCUUGCAGCCUGUUCGGCCCUCUCGAAAUGAAUUCGGCGUUCCUGGUCAAACAGAGAGAUUUGCACCUAGAGCUGCUCCUCUGAGUGGCCUCCUGGUCAUUCCGGAGGCAUUGGGUGUCAAGAAAGCUGUCACCACCACUACCACUACCACUACCAUCACCAGCAGCAUCAAGCCUGCCUCUUCUGCUCACAAACCUGCAAAAGUCUCAUCCUCUAAGAAGAACAAAUAUGAGUUCAAACGCAGGGAAGAACCGUAUUACCCUUCCAAUUUCAUUCCUUUUUCUGCUCAACAGCAACAUGGAAUUAGCUACUCUGAAUCUGCUGGCAUCAAUCUACAGCAGCAAUUUCAACAGCAGAAUGUGCAACAGUACGUUCCUCUGGAUGAAACUGUGGAUACGAAACAAGCUCAGGUUGCUGAAUAUGUCCUGCAGAAGAGGUCUCCUUCCUUCGUUAGACAGGAAAGUUUCAGAAAUGAGAGAGAUGCAUUGCAGGGUAUUAAUACAGACGGUGCUGGAGUUCAUGCUUUUCCUGAAACUUUUGGUGAAUCAAAGCCUCAGGAUGAUCGGGCAUUUGUUGGUGCUCAAGCUAAGCCUGACCUGUUUUCCCCAGCUAACGUUCAGGCUGUGGCUGAUAGCGGACCAUUUGCAACUGAAGCAGGAUCAAUGACUUUCAUGGCACCACCAGUUACGGCUCAAGAAUCAAAGCGUGCUACUGGAGUGAAGGUGGCCAAGCUUCCAAAGCGCAAGAGAGAGGAUGGUACCCCUGCUAGAACUGAUGAUUUGGGGCUUGUCAAGAAGAAGAAACUGAAGAAAGAGUCCGGCAUUGCAGUUGGUCCUCAGCGGUUACAGAAGAAAUCUGCUGCAGGUAAGCCUUUUGGUGGUGUAAGUAGUGUCCCAGCACGCCCGGAGAGUGCUCAAGGUGAUUUACCGAGAAGAGGGGUCGUAGGAAAUACGUUACUCCUGCCUAAGGUGGAUAUUGGCUCAAUGAACAUCGAAUUCCCACAGGUGAUAACUGACCUAUCAGAGCUUGCUAUCAACCCUUUUUAUGGUUCUCAAGUAAAUGUGCCAUCCAUUGUUAGCCAUAUCAUCCUUAAGUUCCGUUCAUUGGUUUAUCAGAAGAGCUUGGUUCUGCCCCCAGCAAGCGAAACUGAGACAGCGGAGUUCCGGGCAGCCAAAUUGGCUGCAGGGAGGGUUUUUCUGGAACAACAAGGCAAUGUGAACGUUGAGAUGGUUGUUGCUAAAGAAUCUGCAGAACAGAGAGAACCUGCACAACCAUCUUUUGUUAGACAAAUAAAACCAAGUCUGAGGCCGGAUGAUCCCACAAAAUCUGGUCGGAAGAGGGGCCCCUCUAAUCGCCAAGAAGAGAUAUCUGUAAAGAGGGUGAAGAAACUGACUCAGGUGAAGACAUUGGCCGCUGAAAAGAAGGCUGGUUUAGUUCAGAAACCACCUGAGAAGAACAGACAAGAUCAGGAGGCUACUAAAGUGUUCAAUGCGUCUCCAGCAGCACUUGUCAGCCGGCCUGUCAGCAGGCCGCCACUCGCCAAGAAAGAAGAAGCUCCAGAGGCUACCAAGGUGGUCAGCCCCACAUAUCUGGUGAUGAAGUUCCCCCCAAACAGCACAUUGCCAUCCAUUGCGUCAAUGAAGGCCAAGUUUGCCAGAUUUGGCACCCUCGAAACUGAUUCAUUCCGGGUAUACUGGAAGUCUUUGACCUGCAAAGUUUUGUUCAGGCAUCGUGUUGAUGCUGUGGCGGCAUACAGCUUUGGCAGGAGCAAUGACAUGUUUGGGUACAAGGUGAAUUACAGUAUCAGAGAUGCUGAUGUACCAGUAACUGAACCUCAAGAUUCUUCGAGACGUCAAGAACCAAAAGCCGAGGGAACACAAUUUGGUACCGGUAAUGGCAAUGCUGGUAGUGGCAUGUCUCUGAAUCCUCUGCGGCCUCUCCAUCAACCAAGACAGCAGUCAGUGCAGCUGAAAUCUAUUCUGAAGAAGCCAAAUGAUGAUGUUUCUGGCUCCGGGACUGGUCCCGUGAAGGAGAGCCAGCGGGUGAAGUUUAUGUUAGGAGGAGAUGAUGUUCGCAAGGAACCACCUUCUAUAGUUGCUAGUAACAAGAGUGGUGUUAGAUUAGAAGUGCCAAUGGAAUCUGUUGGUGUGAAGCCAUUGUCAGUGUCUUCGAUGAAUUAUUUUCCGCCAACUCAACCUCUUGCUCGUCCAUCACUGUCUCAGCAUCCUCCUCGGUUUCAGCAGCCUCUGCGAUUACCCGAACUGCAUCCUCCAGCUCCUCAGUUUCAGCAGGCUCAGCCUCAUCCUCCUCGGUUGUCCGAAUCUCAUACUCCAGCUUCUCACUUUCAGCAGCCUCCUCGUAUAUCUGAGCUGCAUCCUCCAGCUCCUCAGUUCCAACAAACUCAGCGUCUGCCUGAAUUGCAUCAUCCUCAACCUCCCCGCUUACCUGACGUGCAUUAUCGCCCGCUGGGGCAGCUUAUGCAGCAGCCACCACCACAGCUCCAGCCUCAUGCCCCAGAGGGGAGAAGCCGAACCCAAUUUCCAUCCGGUGCCGAGUCCGCGCGCCCGUUUUUGUUACUCUUGUUUAAAUGUAGCGAAAUCGUGAAGAACCUGGAGUCUAAUUUAGGCUAUAUACCUUAUCAUGGACUGUGAGAGAUUCAAAUAGAUGUGCAUCUCAUGCCAAAGAUCCAAUCUGUUUGUUGACCUGUGCCCAGGUGAAAAUUGAAGAUGCUUCCGAUUAGUCUCUUUAUGUGUUGGCUGUAAAACCUUUUAAAUUCUCAUGUAGGUGUGCUGCAAACUUAUUUAAUUCUCAUGUAGGUGUUUCCUAAGAUAUUACCAUGCCUUGGUUUUGUAUACUUUUGGAAAGGGCAUGUAGGUGUGCCUAAUGUAAUGGCAGGAAACAGGAAACGGAAAACCUCUCAUUUGCGAAUUGCUUCCUCGUUUGUUC